AUGGACUGCUUGCCUGCUGGCCCCAAGCAACGUGGACUGGCAGCACAUGGCUCGGCAGUAUCUCGACCCGAAUCAUCUUUCUGGCCUGCCAGUGAGGCCGCGGUACGAGAGUCUGGUGGGUAUGGAAUAACCCGACCAUUCGUUUUGUCUGCUAUAAAGGCUGUCUCUACAAAGUCUGAGAUUCGUGCAGCUACUCACAGCUUUACUAUCAGGUUCAACAUGAAGUGGCUUUCUGCUCUAGCACUCGCUGCCGUAGUUAGCGUCCAAGCGUCACCCGUCGCCGAAACGCGGGAUCUCCAAAAGCGGGCCCUUCCCAAGGGCAUGGACGUCUCUGGAUGGCAGCCUGGUAUCAACUGGAACACCGUCAAGGCCAACGGCAUCGAGUUCGCUUAUAUCAAAGCAACUGAAGGAACGACGUACACCAAUCCGGAGUUCUCCAGCCAAUACGUCGGGGCUACCAACAUUGGCAUUAUUCGCGGUGGCUACCACUUUGCACGCCCCGACGUCUCGUCAGGUGCUACUCAAGCAAACUUCUUCCUCGCUCACGGAGGUGGAUGGUCCGCCGAUGGCAGAACUCUUCCCGGGGCGCUCGAUAUCGAAUAUAAUCCAUACGGUGCUACCUGCUUCGGAUUGAGCGCGGCCUCCAUGGUGAAUUGGAUUAGGGAUUUCUCUAACACUUACCACGCUGCCACCACUCGUUAUCCCAUCAUCUACAGUACCACCGACUGGUGGAAGACUUGCACCGGAAAUAGUGCUGCAUUCGCCUCGACGAACCCCCUCUGGAUCGCGAGGUAUUCGUCGGCCAUCGGCACCCUCCCCGCAGGAUGGGCAUUCACUACCUUCUGGCAGUACGCCGACUCUGGCGCCGUCCCAGGCGAUCAGGACUACUUCAACGGCGACAGCGCUGGACUCAAACGCAUGGCCCUCGGUCAUUAA